AUGGGAGCAUCCACUGAAAAUUCUUCAAAGAGAUCAAAGAAUUCUACUAGUGGUGCAUACACGGCAUCGCCAAACUCAGAGACACCUUCAAGUUAUGAGUUUAACUCAUCAUCUCCAAUGGAGCGUCCUAUGGGACAAAAGGCGGCAAAACGAAAAGGUAAGGCAAAGGAAAAUAUAAAUGCAACUGAACCUCCUUCUAGUGUUAAUUCUGAUACAAUGACUAAAAGAAUGAAUUUAAUGGAAAAUCUAGCACGGCUUAAGGAGGAAGAAAACAAAUUGGUCAAGGAAAAGAUGGAGUCUGAAGCACGACUUAAGGAGGAAGAAAACAAAUUAAUAAAGGAAAAGAUGGAGUUUGAAGCAAUGCAAUUCAUAAUGUCAGACACUUCUAAGAUGAAUGAUAGUCAGCGUGAAUUUCAUGAAAAACAGUGUAAUAACCUAAAAGAAAAAUAUGGAUGGUAA